CACUGUGGAGAGUGAUGUGAUGUGAAAGUAGAAACUCGUUUCUUUGUAGAAUAUAGAAUAUUUUUUUAUUUUGUGCGACAAAAAAUAUUUUAGUGCUGUUUAAAUAUUUUAUUGUGAUUAUUGUUCAAUUCGUGUGCAGCUGAACAUUUACCUAAGAACUUCCAGCUGAACAUCUAUCUGCGUAGUCCGAGCCUAAAAAAAAGGGGAAAAAAUGAAGGGAAGAGUCAUGUCGGCGUAAAUUUUGCGUGUGAUAGUGAAGAAAUGAGUACAUCCACAAACUGCGAGCUUUGUGGGGCAAGUGAUCGUGUUCUCCGAUGCUCACGGUGCAGAAGUGUUUACUAUUGCUCGAAGGAUCAUCAAACCAAGCACUGGAAAAAGCAUAAGGCAUUCUGUCUUCAAAACAGCGCUGUCAAUUCAGGAGCUGCGAUACAUCAUGGAAUAAUUUCAUCGCCGAAUGCAGAAAUCCCUCGCAGUGGAAUUGGAAACUGGGCACGGGAGAGUAGAGAAGAUAAUUCAUUGGCAGGCUGGAACACGAGUCCUAUUACGUACGAAGGUAGCUCGGAAACCGAAAUUCUUAGUGCCAGAACUGAAAUUUUAAGCCCUACAUUCGAUUUUGAAGACUCCUCUUCAAGUAAUUCUGUGGAUAACAGCUUAGCCAGUGUAACUAAUAUGCCAGUUCAAGACACGGGGUAUGCAGCUUCAACAAAUACUAAUGGAUAUAGGUCUUUUCCGGAAGUCAGUUUAACUGACGGCCCACCGUUUCUUCAUAGAACAAAUAGAGAUCAACAGGGCAUCCUCGAGGAGGUGUCGCGAAAUGUUAUCAGAGACAUGGAUGCUUACGGUGUGUGUGUUGUGGACAAUUUUUUGGGAGAGGAGCUAGGAAUGGCAGUCUUGUCAGAAGUUAUUGGUAUGUAUAGUUCAGGAAUGUUUAAGGAUGGUCAGCUAGUUAGUAACAAAGGUAAAAAUGACUUAAAAACUAUUCGUGGAGACCAGAUAACUUGGAUUGAUGGCAAAGAAAGCUCCUGCAAAAACAUAGGAACUCUUAUAAGUAAAGUUGAUGCUGUUAUAAUGCUCGCAAAUAAAAUGAGCAAUAACGGGAAGAUGGGUCAUUACGUUAUCAACGGGAGAACAAAGGCAAUGGUUGCUUGUUACCCUGGUUAUGGUUCACGUUAUGUAAAACAUGUGGACAACCCUAACCGAGAUGGCAGAUGUGUUACUGCUAUAUAUUACCUUAAUCGUGACUGGAAUGUGAAGGAAAACGGAGGCCUUUUACGAAUCUUCCCUUUUGGAUGGCAAGACAAAGUAGCAGAUAUAGAACCACUGUUUGACAGAAUUCUUUUUUUCUGGUCUGAUAGGCGUAACCCUCACGAAGUUCAGCCAGCAUACAAGACAAGAUAUGCUAUUACACUGUGGUAUUUUGAUGCAAAUGAAAGAGAAGAAGCCUGCAGAAGAUAUCAAAAAGAAAGAGACCAUAGUCGACAGGUCACAAGCAACUGAUGCUAAGAGGUUGUGAGUCAGAAUCCAACAAAUCAGUAUGCUUCAUAAAUUUUAUCUUUUGAUGUGAAGGAUGUAUAAAAUCAAGUAUUGUUGCAUGUGAGAGUGUACUCAGUACCUCUGCUCAUUUUUAUGUGCAGAAGGUUUAUCUACUAAAAAACAAUUAUAAUUGUUCACAGUGGUGCAGUGCUGCCUGGAAGUCAUUGAGUGGAGUCUUCUUUUAUUGUUGUUAAAAUUGUAAUUUAUGUAACAGUACUUGUAACAUACUACGUAUCACAAUCAACGAAGUGAUAUUUUUUAAUACCAAA